ACAGCACGUCAACAAUCCCACAAUGCAGUUCGUCUCAAAUAACCAAAGAGGUGAAGCUUCAUUAGAGUGGCAAUUUGAUACUGCUUUUUGAUACUGUUUUUUUGUUCCUAAGUGUGACACCAAAAAAUAUUCUGGAUGUAUCUUUUAUAACAUAAACAGUUCUGCCUAACAUUUGCAUAGGUUUAGACAUGCUCUAACUCAUGACCCAUUCAGGGGGGUGAUGUUUGGGAGAGAGGCGGGUAGAUAUAUUUUCUUUAUUAUGGUGUAGAGUGAUUAACUUUAUUGCUGUGCUUUCCAAUUGAUGUGCUUGCAGGUGCUUUUCUUCUUUUAAUGUAAGGCUGUAAGGUUUUGGCUGUGUUAAGAAUUUUUAUCCUCAUAAUGUUCUGAUAUUACUAUGAGUUCCUGUACAACGAACUCAGUGCUGAAAUUAAAUUAUGAAAUAAUUGUACUUACUACCUAAAAUUGAGGAACACAUUCAGUUCCACCAAUGGUAAAGAAGUAUUUGAGGUAGUAGAAUAUUUUUUAUGUAUUGCCUGUAAAUAAUCAUUGACCUUCCUAGCAGAUUGUAACCUUGAUAACCUACAAAAGCUUGUUCCCAGAACGUUCUUUGCUUUUUUGUGGAAACAUUUCCUGAACGAUGGACCAAUGUAAAUAGUGUUUGCUAAUGACGAUAUGAGCAUGCUUUAUAUCUAUGGAUAUGAAGCCGAGGGUCACUUACUACAUACAUUUUAUGUACGUACUUUUUGUAUAUUUUUGAGAUGUUAUUUGGACACGUUCCCAGAAUGUUCUGGGAAAGUUAUUUGGCUGAGAGUCAAAGAGUCCUUGGGGAACGUUAAGGGAACGUUUUGUGUUAAGUGGGAAUACAUGGAAUUUCACUUUCACUAUAACCAAAACGUGGAACGAACAAAAUGACAGUCCGUACUCUCUUGAAUGUCUUCAUGACAUUUGUUAUUUUUCUUCAUGGGGAGAAGACAGCUGCACAGGAAUAUGGGGGCCGGGGAGGAGAGAUCAUCCUGACCCCCACUAUCUCAGGAAAGCUGGAUGAAAUCUUGUGGAAACACAAUGGAAACAAGGUGGUGGAGUUUGAUAGGAAUAAUUACACUGAGUAUGGCAGUUAUAAAGGCCGGACGGUUCUGGAAAGGCUCAAAGGAGAACUAACUAUCAAAGGUCUCACUGAUGCAGACAGUGGAACCUAUCAGUUAGAGGCUGUCAUCAAUAAAAAGCUGCAGUACUCAAACCAUGAAGUACAUGUUAUAGAUGCUGUGACCCAACCGUCUGUAAGCUGUACUUUUAACGACAGUGGCACCACCCUGCUGUGUUCAGCUGACCUCCAUCCUCUGACCCAGUUCUGGAAGGGUCCCGGUGGGUCAGAGACUCCUGGGUCAGAACUGUUCAUACCUGGGUCUGAGAACCAGGAGUCUGUCUACACAUGUGUGGUGAAAAACCCUGUUGGUAACAAAACAGCAGAGCUCAGCCUGAAGGAGUGUCACACAGAGGAAGUCUCAUCUGUCCAAGUGGUGUUCUGGCUCAUUCCAUUGAUUCUCAUCCUCUGCGUCUUACUGGCAGUCUGGUUGUGGUGCAGGAAAAAGAGGCAAAAAGAAGGACACCUGACUGAGGUUACAGAGACUCCAAAACAAGGAAAUGUGAGGAAAAAGGUUGAGCAAUAUGAGAAAAUGACUAAGAAUAGAAACGACAGAUAUUCGACCUUACCAACUGAGACAGAGUUAGAGUCUAAGGAUGAGAAAGACCCACUACUCCAGAACUCUUCUAGCAACACUCCUCCUGACAAAGAGGACACACAAGUUCCUUUGGACCAAAGUGGGAAAGAACUAAAUAACAGUGGAACUCAGGACCCCAAAAGAGCAAGGGGAAAAAAAGAAGAACUUGGGUCAGAGUCAAAAAGUACUGUUGGCGAAGAGGAAAAUGUUACUGGGGCCAAAACAGACAGCUCUGUGGUUCAUAGAGGUGAGGUGAAAAUCCAACCAAUAGCCCACAAAGAUCAACCAAGAAACACGAAAGGGGAGUUAGAUAUACAAACAUCAUUCACCUCAGGGCAGGCUCAGAUACCAACACCGCCCCAAGACCUAGGCCAAUUACAUCUUAGACAGGAGAACCAACCAGAACCUAAUGCAAAACUGGAGAACCAACCAGAACAUACCAAAGGGGACACUCAGUCAAGCAUCCAGACUAUGAAAACCAACCAGGAGACCAAGUCAGACUUCCAGACCCAGGAAGACAACCAGGAGACCAAGUCAGACCUCCAGACCCAGGAAGACAACCAGGAGACCAAGUCAGACCUCCAGACCCAGGAAGACAACCUGGAGACCAAGUCAGACCUCCAGACCCAGGAAGACAACCAGGAGACCAAGUCAGACCUCCAGACACAGGAAGACAACCAGGAGACCAAGUCAGACCUCCAGACCCAGGAAGACAACCAGGAGACCAAGUCAGACCUCCAGACCCAGGAAGACAACCAGGAGACCAAGUCAGACCUCCAGACCCAGGAAGACAACCUGGAGACCAAGUCAGACCUCCAGACCCAGGAAGACAACCAGGAGACCAAGUCAGACCUCCAGACCCAGGAAGACAACCAGGAGACCAAGUCAGACCUCCAGACCCAGGAAGACAACCAGGAGACCAAGUCAGACCUCCAGACCCAGGAAGACAACCAGGAGACCAAGUCAGACCUCCAGACCCAGGAAGACAACCAGGAGACCAAGUCAGACCUCCAGACCCAGGAAGACAACCAGGAGACCAAGUCAGACCUCCAGACCCAGGAAGACAACCAGGAGACCAAGUCAGACCUCCAGACCCAGGAAGACAACCAGGAGACCAAGUCAGACCUCCAGACCCAGGAAGACAACCAGGCAGACUGUGAAAUGGUACAUGGCAAUGAGGAUCUGUCUAGAAUUCAUCCUGAUAGUAAUUAUCACUGUGCAAAUGAAAACAAUGGUGAUGAUGAUGAAAACACACUAAAACCUUCAUCUUCAGAGCCCAGCACGACCCAUACAAACCCAGUCAAACUAGACCCUCCCUCAAACCAAACAGACAGAGACACAGCAGGAUCCUCUCCACCCAACCAGACAGAGACACUCCAGGGUCCACCUAAACUUAACCAGACAGAGACACUCCAGGAUCCACCUAAACCUAACCAGACAGAGACACCCCAGGAUCCACCUAAACUUAACCAGACAGAGACACUCCAGGGUCCACCUAAACUUAACCAGACAGAGACACCCCAGGCUCCACCUAAACCUAAGCGGACAGGGACAAACCGGCGUCCACCUAUACCACCCAAACCUAACCAGACAUAGAAACACCAGGUUUAACCAGACCAAAUGACACAAGAGUUCAUGUCAACCCAACAAAGCUCAAUCACACCAAUGCCCACAUUUGCCCAAAUAGGCUUACAGAGAGAGAAAGAAGUUAUGGGAAAAAGGUUGAAGAGAGAAAAUAUGGAAGAAAAAGGAAUAGGGUGAGAGACCUGCCAACCACAAACAGAGACACAUCAACCAAAUAUACGCUUCCAGACUGAGGAGAUGGACAAACGUGCACCUCAUGGGCUUUAGCCAGAUGAGAACUACAGCCUGCUCAGACGUAGCGCAACCAAUUGAUGGAUUUCACAAUUAAUGUUUGCAGUUUUCGAAUCAUAGAUAUGCCUUGUCUUUUAACUACCACCGGUACAUUGUCUACUUCUUUUUUUUUAAGUCUGCAUUCUAAUGCUGUUAACUGUGUUGCUUUUUUUAUUUCUUAUUCUUUGAGCACUGGCUGUGCUGAUAGCUAUUCCAUUGAUUACAAUUUUUAAAUGUAUUGGGUUGUGGUGUGCCAUCUUGUAAUAACUGUAUGUCACUCUGCAUAAGAACAUCUUCUGAACUGAUAAAAAUAUAAUUUUAAAUAUUUCCAACUACUGUGAAAUACUAGAUGACAAAAAUGUAUUUAAUGAAUUUCACAAUAAAAUAGUAUUUGUUUUAUA